GCCUGUGAACAUCAAGUCAUUAGGUCCGUUUGACAGUUCAGAGUCCGAAUGACCAACUACAACUUAUUCACCAUUUUUAGUAAAAAGCACACCUGAUGCUUAGCCUCUUCUUUACAGACAUCCUUAAAUCAUAGGACCUUUAAUGUUCUAUGUCAUGGUUAAUGGCAUGUACAUGUUGUAAAAGGUCCUUAUGCUUCAUAUUGUUCAAGCUCUAAGUUAGAGCUUAUAUUAUAACCUUUGCCCUAUGCUACAAGUUAAACCUAACCCAGGUAGCUUAGGUAUUCAUCUUAAGCUUUGAGACGCUCGACGGCUCCUCUUUUUACAUAAUAUAUCUACCCUACUCUUCCCAUGCAGCCGGUUUGAUCAUGAUAAGGAAGAAACACGGACCCUAUUAAACUCGACAUACCCAUGAGCCGAUACGAUGCCUCCAAACCUCUUCUCCCGCUUCGUACCGUCCGGCGACGAUAGACCCUUGUACGACCGACUUAGAAACGGUCAAGAUGACGAUAUCGAAAGUAGAGCUGGCCUCGACCUAGACGAGGAAAACCUAGCCCAACAUUUCCAAGAUGAUGACCUCGACCACGCCGGUGGUCCUAGUCUCGAUGAUAGCCACAUUUCCGCACCACGCAGCCCUGUCGCUGCCGCAAGUAGAGCUCGUCGCACCGCUGCGAGAGCAAACCCACACGAGGCGAGAUCGCGAUGGCUUACACAAGAGGACGAUAUGGAUAACGAUGUUCCCGCCUCUCUCCUAGUAGAAGGUCCCGAUGCCACCGCAUCCAAGCCAAACCAAUACAGGACAAGCCCUCAGCAGGCACGGAAUUCUACUAGACGCCACUCUUCGAACCGGAGGAUACAAGCGCAGUGGGAAACUGCGCAGGCGCAUCAGAGGCUACAUCAAGACGAGGAAUACGGUCCGUCAACCAGCGACCAGCCCCAGAGAGGCGGCACUGUGAGGGGUCCGGGAUUCAUAGGCAGCCCCAAAGACAAGGCUAUGUUUAGAUGGGCUAACGUCUCCAAUCUAGACGUCUUCAUCAGGGAUGUCUACGACUAUUACCUAGGAGCGGGAAUAUGGUGUAUCCUACUCGACAGGGUCCUACAUUUAUUAAAGGUUAUCUUCGUUGCGACUUUACUCACACUAUUAUCGCAGUGUAUAGAUUACAGCAAGAUCCGCGAUAGUAAGAGCCUGUCGCAGAUCAUGAUUCCCCAGUGCACGAAGCACAUGUGGGGAAUAUGGAACUUGAGCCUCUGGGUUUGCAGUUUUUACUUUGUCUGGAAGAGCAUUCAGUGGAUUCUUGAUAUACCGCGUUUGAUGCACAUCCGCGAUUUCUUCGUCUACCUCCUGGAAAUCCCCGAGGAUGACAUGCAAACCGUCUCGUGGCAGGAUGUUGUGGCCAAGAUCACCGCCCUUCGCGACGAGAAUGUGAAGACAGCUACCAAUAUAACACCAUCGCAACGCCGUUUCUUGUCUAAGCAGCUGGGACAUCACAUAGCAAGCCAAUCAAAAGAAAGACUCGAUGCCCACGAUAUUGCAAACAGGUUAAUGAGACGAGAGAACUAUAUCAUUGCUCUCUUCAACAAGGACGUAUUAGAUCUCACGGCCCCGGUUCCAUUUCUACGAAAUCGGCAACUAUUCUCGAAAUCUCUAGAGUGGACGGUUCAGUUCGGCGUUUUAGACUUAGUCUUCAACGAGGGUGGCCAGGUCCAUCAACGAGUCCUCAAAUCCGAUCAUCGUGGACACCUCAGCAGGGAAAUGCAAACGAGAUUUGCAUUUGCAGCAGUGAUGAACCUCAUAUUCGCCCCGUUUGUAGCAUCUGCCCUCCUUGUUGACUUCAUCUUCACGUACUACAAUGAAUUCAAAACCAAUACCUCAUCUCUAGGGGCAAGACAGUACACGCCGCUUGCCAGGUGGAAGUUCCGCGAGUUCAACGAGCUCCCACACCUGUUCGAGGAACGCUUGAAUAUGUCGUAUCCUUUCGCGAAACACUACAUAGACCAGUUUCCAAAAAAGAAGACAGAGUCAGCCGCCCGAACGGUUCAGUUCUUUUCUGGCGCACUUAUUGCUGUUUUGGCCAUCGUGGGAUUCUCCGACCCCGAGAUGUUUGUCGAAUUUGAACUGUUCCCGGGGAUGAAUACAUUCGCUUUCGUUGCACUUCUAACAACAACAUGGGCCGUCGCUCGUGGAAUGAUAUCCGAAGAGAACGACGUGUUCGAUCCCGAAUUUGCGAUGCAGAGCGUCAUCGAAUACACGCAUUACCAACCAGAUCAGUGGAAAGGUAGACUCCAUAGCUACGAGGUCAAGGCCGAGUUUUCCGAACUUUACAAGUCGAGAAUCAUCAUCUUCCUGGAGGAAAUCACCAGUGUCUUGGUCACGCCCCUGGUGCUCUUCUUCAGCUUGCCAAAGUGCAGCGAUCAGAUCAUCGAUUUCUUCCGCGAAUUUACAAUCCACGUCGACGGGCUAGGCUACGUGUGCUCGUUUGCCGUGUUCGACUUCCAGAAAGACCAGCGCACGACAAAGCAGCAGCCCGGUAAUAUGAAUGAUGCCAGGGAGGAUUAUUACGCUACCAAACACGGGAAGAUGCAGGCUUCCGUCCACGGCUUCCUGGAUAACUACGUCUACCACCCUAGAACUGGUCUUCCCGGAAAUCACGCCAUGGGCCCAGUCGGACGUCACCAAUUCCACCCCCCGCCCGCUUUCCCAGGCCUCAUGUCGCCUACCCUCGCCGCAGACAUGUACUCCUCGCGCAUCGGACCCAGCGAGCGACCUAGAAGCCGAGCACCAAUCCCAAGCAGAACACCACGCUUCGGCCCCGCCGUCGCGCCCUCGCCAAUGGCCUCCAUGCUCCUCGAUCCGCACCACCAACCCUCCGCCUCAUUCAUCGCGACCCGGACUACCCCACAGCGUACGCGCCAGCAGCGUGGCAUGCCCUCGGGUGACACGAAUAUCAUCGAGGAAUCGACGGAAGAUGGGCCCUCGCGAAGCGUUAUCCGUCGGCACGAUACGGCGUAUACGGACGACGGCGAUGUUGAAGAAAGCGUGGCGCGAUUGGGAGAGUCUACGUGGGAGGGCUCGCCUAGGCACGGUAUGAGCCGCGAGGGGAGUAAUGCUACCGAUGGCGACGAUGGCCCGGGCGUCGUGACGAUGCUGAAGCAGUUCCAGCAGGCGCAUUUGGAUCGGCGGGGCGUUAUGUAAUGGACGGGCAAACCAGGUUAGGGGUUUGGGUUUAGAAGGGUGGUUCUGCUGGCUUGCUUGCUUGCUUGCUUGCCUACUUAACAUACUUAACAUACAUACCCUGUCUGUAUAAGAGAGCUGGUUAGCAAGGGUUAACUAAUAUAACAUAACAUUACACAACGAGCUACGAGGGAACGGACAUGGAGUUCAGGCGGUGUUUUUGUUUUUUUUUGUUUUUGUUUUUAUCUUUGGUUAGGGCAUCGGCAUCGGCAUUGGCAUAGGUACAGAAAGUAUCAGUAUCAGUGCUAGUGCUAAUAUCAGACUACGGAAUAGAUGAUCACAUUACUGUUAACUAAGCUUAAAUCACUUUUGGGUUAACUUUGAUACUGCUUGGAGUAAAUAGAUGUCAAGUAAGUAAGUUGAGUUUAGGUCUAUAAAAAAC